AUGUCCCUUGACCACGACCAUAUCCAGCUGAGAGAAAUCAUGUCUGAAUCAGCCACACCUUUAAUUGACAACGAAGAGCUUCAUGCCGCAGCUUCAAUCUCAGAUGUUGAACCACAACAGCCGCUGAGACGAAGGCUGGCUAUCAGCUUCUUUCUUUUUGGGUUAAUCAAUAAUGGGGGUGCCGGGUUGGUCGGUGCUGCCUUGUGGUGGCUUUUACGGCGUAUAGGGGUGAAGACUGGGAUCUUGAUAUGUUCUGUAGGCCAAAAUUUUUCACCUUCUUGCCCUGCUGUUGACAUUUGCUUCGCAGGCACAUUUCGAACAUCUAUCUCGAGAGAAGACUAUGUGGCAGUACCGACGGAUGAAGUGGAUGAUGGGAACCCCAUGUCUCCGGCCCUGGAUCCAGAAACGUCGAGGCCGGUCAAGGCAUCUCUAUCCCUUCGAGAUAAAUGGUUAAUUGUCAAACCUCAACUCGGAAAAUAUAUGGUUCCAUUAUUUAGCGUCUAUUUGGUCAGUGAAAUAUUUUUCGAACAAUUAUACGCAGGGAAUCUCACCGACACUUCUCUAUCCUGUCUCAGACGCUCAGAAAUCAUUUAUCUUUUCCUCCUUAAUCAAGACACUUAG